CCAGUAAAAAUAAAAACAUAAACAGUUAUUGUGUUUGCUCAUCUAUUGUUACCCGAUUUUUGUUUUGUUAAUUGUUGCUCAUGCUUUUCAUUGAUCACCCUAAAUACCAGAAAAAAAGGUUACUCCAUGAAGAUUCCCAUCAACUUCAUCUCCUUGCUGUCAUCAAACAUUACCAGAUUUUUGAUUCGCUGAUUGUGUCGUCUCCGGUAACAUCUUCACAUCUUCAACUGAUAAACCACAAUCAUUUUUGCCUCUUUUUUUGUCUUCUUCUUUCUCUUUUUAUCUUCUCAUUUUCCUCUUUAAUUUUCUCUCUCUAAAAGUGUCUCUCAUGAUGAUCUCUCCCUCUCCCUCAUUGAUUGAGUCAGUUGAUAGUUACUUGGUAUCAUUCAUUUGUUCACUUAUGAUUGUGUUUAUUGUGUUUCUUAUCCUUUGCUUCCAAGCAUGAUUCAUAUUCACAUAUCCUUUGAUUGUGUUAUUUUCCUGUAAUUGCCAUCAUAGUUUAAUAGUCAUUUGGCUAAAACUAAAAUCAACCUGAAAGUGUUAAACCUUGUGAUUAUUGAUUACCAUUUCUUUUUCAACUCUUCAUGUCACAAUUAAAAUCUUCCAAUUCUUCCAUUGACUCGGGUACUUUUGAUGUUUUUGACGAUCCUGAUGAUCAUUUCUACGAUGAACCUUUACUUUCCUCUUGUGAUUACACUCUUGAUGAUAAUAAAUAUCGGAAAACAUCAUCUUCAUCAUCCUCUUCCUCUGAUGUCAUCACAAUAUCAACAGUCAACUCUUCAUCCGCUAUUGACUCACUUUUAAUUGGAACCAACUAUAAGCCACUUAAAAAUCUUGAAAAUUCUCAACACAAACAAUCAUCAACCUCAUCACCUAACCAGGUAAUAAACAAACCUAAACUUCGACCACCAAAACCUCCGAGACAUAUCAACCCCUUGACUGGUAAAAAAUUGAUUAAUCCCAAUCAAGAAAGUUCAUCCAAACUACCUCUAACUUUACCUCCAAAAGGAGUCCGAUCUUUAUCAACAUCCUCAUCCUCGUCAGGAGUAAGUUCAGGAUCACCUUCGCCCUCACCAUUGACACCAACUUGUCCACCCUCACCACCACCACCUCUACCUCCUCCGUGUAUCUCAAGAAAACCUGAUCGACCUCCGCCACCGGUGCCUGGUCAUCCACCGAAGCCACUUAGAAAGAAAAGUGAAAUUGUUCCAAUUAAAGGUAAAGAGCAGCCUGAUGGUUCACUGAGUGUUAACCAAGUGACAAUUAGCCAAGAACCAGUCAGCCAAGCAAGUGACAGUAAAGGAUCAAAGAACCAAGAGAUUGACGUAAAACCCUCAACAGCACCAAUGGCUGUCUUGAAUCGAUCUCGUUCAAGUCAAGGAUCUUUUUAUGAAACUGCUUUCGAUAGUAAAGCUUUAAUCCACGAUAAUUUACAUCGUGAUCAAAUGAACCAUCUUAGUCAUAAUCAUUCAAUCAGCCAUCGUCAACCAUUAAACCUAUCAACAUAUCAUUCUCAACAUCAUCAUCAUCGAUCCACUGAGGGUAACUCUUCAGUCUCAUCAUUUAUUCCCGAUUUCAUAAACUCUUCCCGAUCAUCUACUGCUUCAUCAACAGGAUCAUCAUCUUCAACCGGCCAUGAGUCCAGUUCAAGUACACCUAAACAUCUUGAUCAACUGGCAAAAUCAUUGAUGCCUCGACGACAAGGAGUCAAGUCAACCAUUCACAUACCUCGAAGUAAAUCUAGUGAUGUCACCCUUAACCUAUCAACUGUCCCUUGUAACUCAUCGUCUUCCUCUUCAUCUUCACCGGUUAAUCAAGUUGAUCAACCAUCUAACAGUAAACCUACAACUUCACCAACCUCAGCCAAUCAACAACAACAGUCUAAUGAGGCGUCAGCUAAACGCAAUCAACGAGCUAAAUUGAGCUCUUUAUCAACCUUUUCAAGUUUACUUAAAUCGGCCACAAGCGAUGCAUUGUCUUCCCUUGACUGUGAAGCCGGUCGAGUUUUAACCCGGACAAGAUCAAAUCUUGACUCAUUACGUUUAUCAAUUCAUGAGAGAAACGGUCGAAUUAACAAUUUAACUAAAGAAGAUAUCGCAAGCUGUGAAUCGCUCGAAUCAAAUCGCAAUCAGGCAUCAACCAGCGCCAACAGAAACAGUGUUUGUAAAGUUGUUUCCUCAAAUAGCUUGUCAUCAACAACAGCAACCACAACAACAUCUAAUAAUAACAGUCUUAAUAAUAUAAUGACGGUAAACAAUAAAAACAGUAACAACUCUUCCAUGCUCAACAUGAACAACAAUGCCAACAGUAAAGUAACUGUUAGCGAUAAAAUACCUGUUAACCGAUCAUUUCGUCGGUUGAAUCUUAAACUAGACGAGACUCGAUCAUCAAUCAACCUAUCAAGUCCCAAACUGCAGAGUCCGUUAACUGAUACCAGACCUUUGGAUGAUUACGAUACUCCCUGGGACUCUAAUCAACGAUUAAACAAAGUAUUUAAUAAAUUGAUCAACACACCGACAAGUGAAAAAUUUACAACUGAUUGCUUUCCAAGUGUCAAUUCAGCCAAGCUGGCAACACCUUCAACUGAAUCCAAUCCAAUAUCCAAUGAUUCUCCUUGUAAUGGAGAUUUAAAGGAGAGAAAAAAUUCUGCUGAUUAUGGUCAACGGAUCGACAAGAGUGAUGACCAGUCAAGCCAACAGAAGAGUUCCAAUGGAUCAACUCAUUCAAGUAACUCUUCCUGUUCAGAUAAUGAAACCAAUUAUGUUAAAAGUUGUUCAUUAACAUCUCCAAAUGAACCAGUUAAAGACGUUAAACCAGAAAGACCUAGAAAAUUAUCUUUACCAUUAAAUUUAAAGACUGGAAACUGCAACACCAGUGCCAAUGAGACCAACUCUUGUCAAUCAUCAACUCCUCGAGUCAACCUUAAUCUAGAUUUGUGCAAUUCAUCAAUUGACUCACCUUCUCCAUCCGCAACCUCAGCCCUAAAAUUUGGCCUCGGACCCAGAAAAAAGCCUUUACUCACCUUUACAGGACAACCUUUACCUGUAGUUUCCGAAGACAUUGAUACUUCCUUGAUUCUGGAGAAACAAGGCUGGUAUCAUGGAUCAAUCACUCGACUUGAUGCUGAAAAUUUGCUUCGAAAUAUGAAGGAAGGCAGUUAUUUGAUUCGAAACUGUGAAAGUACCAAACAAGAUUACUCUUUAUCACUCAAAAGUAUCAAGGGAUUUAUGCAUAUGAAAAUAGUUAAACAAUCUGAUGGUAAAUUUGUUCUUGGCGUAUUCAGUAAACCAUUCUCAAGUAUUCCAGAAAUGGUGAAACACUAUUCCAUCAAUAAACUUCCCAUUCGAGGAGCUGAACACAUGUCCCUGUUAUAUCCAGUUAUUGAUCAAUUGCUGUGAAAAAUAAUACUCUGGAUUUGUUUACAUUUUUCACGGCGAAAAAGAGGAAAACAAUAAUUCUCAGAGUUUCCAUCAAGGAAUGGCAAUGGAAGACAAAUGUCUUCUUCUUUUUCCAUGUUCAUCUCACACUUUUUUUACAUUUAUAUGGAAGCUGAAGGAAACAAUAUUAAUGAAGAAACAUCAUAAAGUUAAUCAACUCUGCCAUUUUACUUUUUACAUUUCUUCAAAAAAUGUAUAAAAUUGUACAGAAAAGGGCAAAAUUGAUUGAUAACUGACUUUGUUUAAACCCUUUUCCUUAAUCCACUUUUUGUAGUUAGUCAAUUGCCAAUCUCUAUGCCAAUUGAUUUUAAUCAUUUGUAAAGAUGCUGAGAUCAAGAAGACGCUCUUAGCCAAAGCUCAUCUCUUUCGAUCUCAAGUCUUCCAUUUCUUUCUAUCUAUCUUUAUCUUCAUCAAAGUCUCAUUUUUCAUCGGCUCAUAAAGCUAUCAAACCAAAGAAAUUUAAAUUUACGAAAAGAAAUCAUCAAAAAUUUCUUUUCUUUUCUCAUCACAACUGAUCAUAAAAUCGGAACUUAUCUUCUCUGGUUAUGCCAGAAAAAACUAAACUGUUAUCAACAAUGGAAACCAUUUGGAUCAUCAAUUCAACAGUUCAAAAAGAAUGGUCGAUUCGUCUUCAAAAGCCCUGGAAUCGCAAAGUGUUCAUUGGAAUUACAUCCAAAAAGUCGACUUUCCUUUUGAUCUUAAUAUUCAAGAAACGAGAAUGAUUUGGUUUCCUUCAAAAUGAUCUACAAUGUUAAUUGUACAUUUCGAUAUUUAAUUGCACUUCACUGUUCAUUAAUUUGGCCAAUUUUUCUUCUUUAAUCAGCUAAUUGUUCUUGUUGUUUGUUUUUCUUUUAAUCUUUAAAUUCUUGUUCCUAUUUUCAACUGAUCCAUAAAUUUAUGUUCAUUUUUUAUCCUUUCCUUGCUUUCCCUUUGUAAUAGCUUGAUUUAAGAUGUCUACUUCAUGUAAAACUGAAACUAUUCAACAAUUUUCUUCUAUUUCAUGUAAAACAAUUUUGCAAUCUCUUCAAAUUAAUGUAAAUUGUUUGACUAUUCAUUUAAUUGUAAAGUAGUUUAUGUGCCUUAAACAACAAAUAAUAUGUUUAACUCUUACUUUAAACUUGACCAUUCAAAUGACCUAUCAAUACUAUAUCUUAAGUGUACAGCAGUGAAUCAAAUCAUUUCAUGACCUCAACCUUCAAUAAAUUACCAGUCAUGUUUAAAAUAA